UUGUAAUAAGAUAUCUUAAAUAGAAAUAUGAUAACAGACGAAUACACACUUUAAUACCCGCAUAAAGCUUUUUUAAAGUUCAUCAGAUAUUUAAUAUUUAAAUUGGAUUGAGAUGAAGGCAUGAACUUAGGACUUUAAACGUUCAACAAUUUUAAUCAUUCGGGUGACUUGUAUAAUUUACGAUUGGUUAUCGUUGUGGGGUAUUAUUUGUAAUCAUUACACCAUGUUAAAACUUGAUCAACAAACCAGGAAGUAACAUUAACUAUUCAUAAAUGUUUGGACUUGGAGAACGUGUGUUAUCAAAAUACAAAUAUAUUUGACGAAUUAUUGAAAAUUACUAAAACAUAUCAGGAUAGUAAACAGGUUUUUUUUAAUUAUUUAAUAUGAAUACAAACGAGUCGUGUUUAACGAGUUUGGUGAAUCAAUGGUAAAAUCGUACUACUGCAUCGUUUUAGCUAACAGAAAUAUUUGAUGAAAAAUAUGACACGUGAUGGCAAGUGAGACUGAUAUGGAAGGAUAUGAAAAUGUUCCUGAAAAACUUGUAACAUUAUCUGAAGUUAAUAAAAAGGUCAAAGAUUAUCCUACUAUUGUACAUGUGGAAUCAAAGGUCUAUGAAGUACCUGAUGCUAAGGAACUACCCGCUGACACAGACAUACUACUGAAUGAACCGAAAACGUUACAGUUUGUUUUGAUUAGAAUUCUCGAUUUUGAUGACGAACAACAAAAGAAAAAUGAGAAAGGGGAAGAGUUUAUAAAAGAGAGAAAGAAAUAUGUCGGGAAGGAGUACUUGAUACCUAUCGGGUACAAGGGGACAUUUAAACUUCUCAAUAAGACCGGGAGAAAUGCAAGAUAUGCUUCCGUUGAUCAGAUAAUACAAGACUUGCCUAGAUUUAUACGUAUUGAGCAGGAAGUAGCAUAUAUUUCUCCGGGAGAGUCACGUACUUCAACAAUCAUCAGUGAAGGAACGACAUUUGAGGUGAAACGCGUUUCAAUCUUUAAGAAGUUUCGUUACAUCAAAUGCAAGUCUGUAAAGACAUCAAAACUUUACUACUUCAAAGAAGAUUUCCCAAUAAACUGCACGGCAGUUGAAGAUCCAGAUGAUCAUACUUUCCUGAAUAUUGCAGGAAAAUUUAUUCCUCUUCCAAAGACCGCCCAAUUUCAAAAUGUAUGGGCAGAUGAUGUUGUAAUUAAAGAUGACGAUGAAGCCAGUACAAUGCUUAUAUUAACUGGUGGCCCCUUCAAGAUAUUGAAAGCGUUCGUUAGACGCACCUUAUACGUUGUUCGAACAAAAACAGAAGUAAGCGACGAACAAAAUGUUGGAUUGAUUCCAAACAACAUCUGGAAUAAACAAUUAGUCAAACUGAAGAAAUUUCAGUCGAGAGCAGAUAAACAAGAGUAUAUAAUAAAACAUUUUGGAGAAAAUUUUGAUUCCAGUUUCAUCAUUUCGGGAUUAUACACAAUGAGUCAAUUAGAAACCGGUAUAAUAUGGUUGAAAGCCCCUUUUCAAAACAAAGAAGAGCAGCUAGUGGACUACAUAAACAUUGAAAAAGUACUGACUGAUUAUGAAAAUGUUUUCGUCGAGAAUGAAGAUAUAGACAAAAAAGGUGAAGAAGAGAGUGACGGAGAAGAUUACGAGACUCCAGUGACGCCGACACGGGAUUCUAUAUCUGCUCCCAAACCUCCCCAAACAGAACCCCCACCAGCACCGUCAGUUCCUCCUCGUAUUCCGCAAAGGGAAAUUUUACAACUCCCAACCAUAAAGGUGAGAAAGGAUGACAUAUUCCAGAAAAUCAAAGAUAGAGCAAAGAUGGGUUUCGACAAAGUCCAUGAACAACUACUGAAACGUUAUAAACAGAAACAAUUAGAGACAGGUGAAUACCAAGAAAAACGGAAAGUGGUGUACAGCCGUUCUAAAAGUGAAUCAGGUUUAAAGCUCGAGCCAAAGAGAAAAUCGAUGCUAUCAAAUGACCCGAAGAGUCUUGAUGAGGAAACUUCUCCUGAUGAGCCAUCACUCAUUAGAGAUGAUAUUGCUAUCAGAGAUGAUAAGACAAUUCAACGUUUAUCCCGACAUUACAAAGUGAAUAGAGAUAGACCUUUACCGUUACCUCCCAAAGGCGAGAUCAAUGUUACCGACGACGAUAAACUAGUUCCGUAUGACGAUGUUGAUAAAAAAGAUGAAGAAUUUCAUAAAUACUUGGAAAAUGUAAGGCAGGAGAAGAAGCCUGAUCCCAAACUUGACACAUUAGCUGCUUACCCAGAUUUAAAGAAACUUUCACAAGCAAACCAAUCUGACAAAGAUUUCUUUUCAUACACUGUGGAAGAACUAGUCGAAUGUUUUAAAUUGUGUGGCCUUGAGAGACUUGCUGUCGAGUGUAGUACAAAUAAACUUGAUGGCGCAUUUUUUCGGAAUUUCGAUAUCGAAAAUUCAGAAAUAUUUUCUCUUGGUAAACUAGAGAUAUUCAAACUAAAAAAAAUAAUAUAUGAAGGCUGGCGACCAAAAUCAGACCAUAACUAGGAGAGAAAAUAUACAUCUAAACGUCUUUUUUUUAAAAUGUAAAUAAAUGUUAUAUAUUUAUAAGGUAUAAGUGUUGGUAAUUUUAUAUCAGUUGGGUUCAAUACGGCACAUUGUUGAAACUGAUAUAUUAGACAUUGUUGAAACUGAUAUAUUAGACAUUGUUGAAACUGAUAUAUUAGACAUUGAUGAACACUGAUGUAUUAGACAUUGUUGAAACUGAUAUAUUAGACAUUGAUGAACACUGAUAUAUUAGACAUCGUUGAAUACUGAUAUAUUGUUGAACACUGAUAUAUUAGACAUUGUUGAAAUACUGAUAUAUUAAAGAUUGUUGAACACUGAUAUAUUAUACAUUGUUGAAUACCGAUAUAUUAAACAUUGUUGAACACUGAUAUAUUAUUACAUUGUUGAAUACUGAUAUAUUAAACAUUUGUUGAAUACCGAUAUAUUAAACAUUGUUGAACACUGAUAUAUUAGACAUUGUUGAACACUGAGAUAUAAUUCAUGAUAGUACAUUAAUUUAUAUAUAAGACAAUAUUGAAUACAUAUAAAUAAAACAGUGAUGAAAACUAAGACAGAACAGAGUUCAAGUUGUUUUAAUGAAUGAUUUCAAUAUAAAAGGAAUCGUUAAAUACAGGUGAUUAUGUUUAUGUGUUGGUAAUAUGUCUAGUUUUGUUAAUGAAUAAAGUCGAUAAACAUACAAA